CGGAACCUGAAACCCACUUACUCAUCGCCAUGUCCGACUCUGAUUUUGUUUGUACGCUCGACACCUGCCCUAUCGAAUAUGGCUACAUCAAUUAUCAGCCAAAUAUUGCAGGGAACCUCUUCUUUGUGGCUCUCUACGGCGUCCUUCUUCUCGCGCAGCUGACGCUAGGAAUAUUCAAUCGUACAUGGAGCUUCAUGAUAGCAAUCAUCCCAGGCCUCAUCCUGGAAAUACUAGGUUAUUUGGGACGAUACUUUCUUCACAACAACCCAUUUAGUUUCGAUAAUUUUCUACUUUACCUCAUCUGUCUGACAAUAGCCCCGGCCUUCUUCACCGCUGCGAUCUACCUAUGUCUCGCGCGAAUCAUCAUCGUCCACGAAGGCGAGGACAUAUCCCGACUGCGUCCCCGGACAUACACUAUCAUCUUCAUCUGCUGCGACGUGAUCUCACUGAUCCUGCAAGCCGCUGGAGGAGCAAUCACUUCCAUCGCGGAAACUGAUUCCCUGCGAGACACAGGCGUCAACAUCAUGAUCGCGGGCCUGGCCUUCCAAGUUGUGUCGCUGGCUCUGUUCAUGGCACUUUCGCUAGAGUUUGCGUAUAGCGCCUGGAGGCGCUCGCGAAAUACCACCGCAGCUGCAGACAAGGAAGGUACAUACGCUGAUGUACGAGAAAGUUUGAAGUGGAAGUUAUUCCUUGUUGCUCUCGCGGUCGCCACGGUCACCAUCUUCGUUCGGUCGUUCUUCCGUGUUUUUGAGCUUAAGGGAGGGUUCGAUAGUCGGUUGGCGAAUGAUGAGGUGGCUCUGAUGAUACUGGAGAGCGGUAUGGUUGCCAUUGCGUGUAUCUGCCUGACAGUGCUCCACCCCGGGGUUGCGAUGGGAAGAGCUUGGGGACAAAUUAAAAUGUCUACUUCCAGGCGGGGUGCGUAA